GUUCAUCUCUCCCCUUUUGAUUUUGACGAGAGUCCGCUGGAUCUUUACUCAGGUCUGGUCUAUAGUGAUGACAGUAUCCCGCUGCAGGUGUCACAGUCAGUCAUCUGUGUCCUCUGAGUGGUUCAGGUGAAAAGGACACGGGUGAGAAGAAGAGCAUUUCCAGGACUCUUAAGAUCUUUGCCUUGGAGGAGUCAGUGAAGGGCUCAAACUAAAGUUUCCAGGUGAAAUACUCUUUUAUUUCCUUUCCUCAUCUGUCGGCUGGGAUGAGGGGGCUCAGGAGCCUUCGUGUCGGGCUCCUGUUGAUCAUCUUAUCCACUGCCUUUGGUAUUUACAUCCCUCCUCACGUGGAGCAACCGCCAACCAUCACAAUUCAGACUUCGGGCGCUCUCAUUGCCUUACCGUAUGAUGACAGCUACACCCUUAAGUGUGAAGCCAAAGGCAACCCAAGACCAACUUACCGCUGGACAAAGGAUGGAGCAGAUUUUAACCCACAUCUAGAUACUCGACUCGCAACAGAAGAGACCAGUGGGACUUUUGUGAUACCAAACAUAAAAGACAAAGUGAAAUUCCAGGGAAAGUAUAGAUGUUACGCUUCGAACAAACUUGGAACUGCAAUAUCUGAGGAAACAGAAUUUAUUGUACCUACUACGCCCAAGUUCCCCAAGGAGAAGAUGCAAACAGUGAUUGUAAUGGAGGGAGAAUCAGUGAUUUUGGAGUGUAACCCACCAAAUGGGGUUCCACCUCGGUAUCUCUACUGGAUGACCAUAGAUCUUCAGUACAUCGAGCAGGAUGAGAGGGUGUCCAUGGGCCUUAAUGGGAACUUGUAUUUCUCUAACACACUGGCGUCAGACAGCCACGAUGACUACUGCUGCUAUGCCUCCUUUCCCAAGAUACGCACGAUCGUUCAGAAACAGCCCACAGCCCUGAGGGUCAGGACAAUAAACUCAAGCGAGGAGGAUGACUAUGUCAUGGAUAUGGAGAGGAAGCCGACCAUUAUACAGUCAUCCAGUCAAACAAGCCAUCUUAAAAGAGGAGAUGAACUUCAGCUGGAGUGUAUCUCAAUAGGACUCCCAACACCUCAAAUCGAAUGGACCAAGAUUGGGGGCACCUUACCAAAGCGUACAAAAAUCAAGAACUAUGGGAAACUUUUGACCAUACCGAGCGUUACACAAGUGGAUGAGGGAAAUUACAUGUGCAAAGCACAAAAUACACUUGGAGAAGAUGUUCAUCACUUCCAAGUUUUUGUAGAGGAGCCCCCCAGCUGGCAGGAGGAGCCGGUGAAGGAUCACUUGGCAGAAAUUGGGUCUGACAUCCACAUCAAGUGUUCUGCUACAGGAAACCCACAACCCUCAAUCACCUGGAAGAGAAACGGGCAGCCUCUGGAUGAUUUGCCUUCCACAAAUCACGAAGUGCUGGAUGACAGCAUAAUCUUACACAGAGCCCAGAAGAGCGACAGUGCAGUAUACCAGUGUGAGGCCACCAACAGACACGGGACCAUAACAGCCAAUGCUAAUGUCCUAGUCAUGAAUCAUCCUCCUUUGAUUUUGACGCAGAAUUAUCUGGAGUAUGCAACCAUGCUGGGGAGGAGUGUGAUUAUGGAUUGUGAAGUCUUUAGCUCUCCGUCUGCCACUAUUCAUUGGAGAAGAGAAGACCCAGAGGGCUCUCUAGAUGGGGAAAGAUUUUCUCUCCUAAAGAACGGCUCCCUGCAGAUUCACAAAGUUGAAAAUGAAGACAUGGGCCAGUACAAAUGUUUCGCAGAAAACUCAGAGGGCAAAGCCAGCAUCUUCACCGAGCUUUUCAUUAAAGCUUCAACAAGGAUUGUAGAAGCUCCUCACGAUACAGAGAUGAAAAGAGGAUCAGUGGCUGAACUGGAAUGCCAGGUGGAGGGUGACCCAACCCUGAAUAGAGAACUGGAGGUCCUGUGGUUUAAGGAUGGGAUAAAAAUGAUCUCCAACAUCUCAGAAGGAUAUUUCAUAGAUGAUGGGACUCUCCAGAUUACCAAUGUAAGACAUAGUGACCAAGGAAAUUAUACAUGCAUCGCUCGAACAUCGCUGGACCAAGUUGAGGCUUCUGCAUUUGUAACUGUGUUAGAUGUCCCUGAUCCACCUGUCCAGUUGACGUUGACUGACAUGAAAGAGCGAAGCGUGAAGCUCAAUUGGGAAGGGGCUGCUGAUCACAACAGCCCCAUUACAGAGUUCAUCAUCCAGUAUGAAGAGAACCAUUGGGAGCCGGAGAAGUGGAAGGACCUUCUGCGAGUCGCCAGCAGUCAGACCUCAGCUCCCUUGUCGCUGUACUGCCACAUUAACUACCGCUUCAGAGUCGUCGCCGUCAACGCUAUUGGAGAGAGCGAUCCCAGCGUGCCCUCUGAAAGAUACAAGAUUCCUUCUUGCGCUCCUGACAGGAACCCGGAAAACAUUAGGAUUGAGGGUCACCUGCCACAUCAGAUGGACAUCAGCUGGGAGCCUCUGUUGCCUGUGGAGCACAACGGUCCUGAUCUGGAAUAUAAACUGAGCUACAGGCUCAUGGGUGUCGAGGACAGUUGGAAAGAGCAGAUGGUGAAAAGACACUCAUUUUUGGUGGAAAACACCCCGACGUUCGUUCCUUACGAGAUCAAGAUCCACGCCCACAACAGGCACGGUUGGGCACCAGAACCAAGGGUGGUGACCGGAUAUUCUGGGGAAGACCUGCCCUUAGCCGCCCCAGGGAACGUGUCUGUGGAGGUUUUGAACUCUACACUGUUGAGGGUCAGCUGGUCACCGGUGCCUCAGGCCACUUUGAGGGGUCAUCUUGUAGGAUACACGGUGAACUUGUGGCAGAUUCAAAGUCUUUUGACCUCUAAAAGAAUCCCCUCAGAGAAGCAGUCUCUCACCAUCCUUGGAAAUAGGAGUCACACCAUGGUGCCAGGAGUGAAGCCUUACUCUGAAUAUAACCUGACUGUCAACGUCUUCAACAGGAAAGGGAACGGGCCAAGCAGCGCUGCCAUCUCUUUCACAACUCCACAGGGAGUCCCUGACAAACCUCCCAUACUGAGGGCUACAAACUUUCAGAAAAACUCCAUCACGCUGGUGUGGGCGCCUCCGCAUGAAGCCAACGGCUUUCUCACGGGUUACCUGCUGCAAUUCCAGACAAUUAAUGAGACCCUGGGCGAGCUCAGCUCUGUGAACAUCAGCUCUCCAGACACGACACAGUGGGUCGUUCAUGAUCUGGAGGAAGACAACCAGUAUAAGUUUUAUCUGAGCGCAUGUACACGGGUGGGCUGCGGGUCAGCCAUCAGUGAGGAGGGAGUAACCAACCCAGAAGCACUUGUGCUCAACGUUUCCACGUUUGUAAGUGACACCUUUGCCAGAAUCCACUGGAGCACAAGAGGAGGCUCUGAUUCAGAGCUCUAUGUUGCCAUAAUGAAUGAACGUGGUGGUGUCUGGCAGAUUUCACAAGCUGUAAACAGAUCUAAAGGUUUUCACCUCAUUGAAGGGCUCAGCCCAGGAACUGUAUACAGGGUUCGCCUGCUGGCUUCACGCAGGGUUGAUGACUUUAGUAUUUUUGAGGAUGUUUUCAAGACCAGGAAAGUUUUAAGUAGGACUGUACCGGCAUCCCAGCAGUGGCUUGUGGGAAUUAUGUGUGUGAUGGCUUUGCUAACUCUGCUCGCCCUCAUCGCCUGUUUCGUAUUCAAGAAAAAAGCCGGCAAGUACCCAGUAAAGGAAAAGGAAAACAUUCCGGCUGAUCCGGAAUCUCACGGCAUGAACGAGGAUGCUCCAUGCGACUGCAGUGAUGAAAAACCAUUAAAGACAAGCCAGCAAUUGUUGGGAGGCAUCAAGGAGGAUGACAGCCCCAGCGAAGACAGCUCCACUAUAUCGGAAGACGAAGACUGCGAGUUCAACGAAGACGGGUCGUUCAUCGGUGAAUACUCGGAUUACAGGCGCAGGGUGUCGAUGGAGGCGAACGGAUACCCGCCUCUCACUUAUUAAGAUGCUGGUUUAACCUAAGGGACUUCACGGGGAGAAAGAUAUGUUGUGUGUGUGUGUGCGCGACUGAGUUUGUUUAUGCGUGAAUGGCUAAUUCUUUACAGUGUUAACAUGAAGGGCGAAAGGUUAAAAGAAUAGUUCAGCGUUUACUCACCAUAAUGGACUUUGUUGCUUGUGGAGCAAAAGUUGCUUAGCCAAUGCUAACCACCAGGAGUUGUCACUUCCAAAUUGACGUAAAGUACCAUAAAAAUACUCCUUAUUACUCUAUUGCAAGUCUUCUGAAGCCAUAAAAUAGUUUCAUGUGCCUUUCAGUAUAUUUUCUCAUCUCCUGCAGCUUCCAAAUCUCUUUCAUAGUUGUGUAUAUUUGUAUUUUGUAUGUAUAUAAACAUGGCAUGUCAAGGAUCUACGGCCAAUGCCAAACCUCUAUUUAAAAAAAAUGAUUUUAACAACGUAAUGGUGAAUCGGCAAUGACGGAGUUUUCUUUACUGGGUAAAUUAUGACAGUAAAGAUCAUUUUUGGUUUUAUUAAACCUCACUUGCAGGCUUGUCUAACACCAAAACAAACACGCUGCGUUGUGCACCUUCAAAUUAAUGUGAAUUGCAAGGUUGGAUUAGAUAACUUUCACUUUUUCUGCAGAAGAAGAAUAAGCAAUUCAAGGUCUGUCACAAAAUUGAUAUCUUGACAGCACAAUUUUCGGCUACACGUUCGCUUGUGUGUGUAAUCGCAUAACCUCUCUGCUCGCCUCUCAGCCAAGUACUGACACCAUGAGACAAAACAAUUAUGUUCAGACUGUUUAUAUAUAUUUAUAUAUAGCAUGGUGAGAUUCAAGAUUGUCUCAUGAGUUUUAUCAACGUAGUUCGUACUGUACGUAUUUUACGAGGUGGCUAAUUCGUAUUAAUUCAUAUGAUCACAUUCGUACAUUUCUGUACAAUUUGCCUCACUGGGGGGUUAGGGGUGGGGUUUUGUGUUUAUUUUUAUGAUAAUUGUAUGUUUUUUGUACGAUACACUUCGAAUUAAUAUGAAUUAGGCAACUCGUAGAAUAUGUAUGAUUUCUUGUGAGUUCAGGCUGGUUUUAUGCAACCAGUCUAAGGGUUGUCAAGUCCCCCAAUAUUGUUCUCUUUAGCAAGCUUAAACUCUAAAAAUGGCUGGGUUAUUUUUGACCCAUGUUGGGUAAAUAUUGGACAGAACACACCGCUGGGUUAAAAUUGACCCAAUGCUGGGUUGUUUUAACCGAACAGCUGGGUUAUUAUAACCCAUUGUUGCAUAACAACAACCCAAAAUUGGGUAAUUUUUAACCCAGCAUGUGUCUAAUAUUUACCCAACAUUGGUCAAAAAUAACACAGCCAUUUGUGUACAAUUUAGUAUUGUUAUUGUCUAAAAUUAGAUGAUUCAAGAAGAAUUGAUUAAAAAUCCACAUCUACACUGCAAAAAUUGUUGGUUUAAAAACCCCUUAAGUGGCGCUGUCCCGUGAGUUUACUUCAAUAUUUUGCAUGUACAUUUUUAUCUAUCUCGACAAACUAUGUAUCAUUGGAAAGGUCUAAGCCUCUAGAAUACAUAUUUCAACAGUGUUUUAUAAAAUAAACUAUGUAGGGAGAGUAAUUGAUUCAUUUAUGAAGAGAGUGUGCCUCAAAACAUUUAUAUCCUGCUAAAUGUCACUGUCCCACCGGCGGGACGCCUACGUUUACUUCAGUGUUUUGCAUGUGAAUUCAUGACAAACUGUAUAACGAUUGAAAUCUCUAAGAGUGUAGAUUUCACCAUUUUGGUAUAGGAAUGACAUAGCGACAGCCAUUUUCUAAAAUGCCACGGGUUCACAGGUAGGCCCACUUCGAUAUUAUAUAUUUGGAACACUAAUACCCUAUCCUAAACCUAAAAAUCUUGACUACAAACUAUAUAUCAUUGGAAAGCUCUAAGAGUGUAGUUUUCAUAUUGCAUCACCAUUUUGGGAAAAUUAUGACGUAGUGAGAGUCAGUUUCUAAAAUAUCACACGGACACAGGUGGACCCAAUUUGUUUUUACAUAUUUAUAGCAGUAAUACCCUGUUCUAAACCUAAACAAUCUUGACAAACUAUAUAUCGUUGGAAAGCUCAAAGUGUAAAGUGUGUAGUUUUCAUAUUUCAUCACAAUUUGGGGGAAAUUAUGACAUAGAAAGAAUCAGUUUCUAAAAGGUUACGGGCCCACAGGUAGGCCAAAUUUGUUUUUACUUAUUUAUAACACUAAAACCCUACACUAAACCUAAAAGAAUCAUGACAACCUACAUAUCACCGGAAAGCUCCCAGAAUGUACUUUUCAUAUUUCAAGGUCAUCUGAUGAUAGAAAUAAUGUGACCUUUUGUUAUUACCUUCCCCAUAGGAAUGCAUAUUUAUUAUUAUUUAUUCAUAACACUAUAUCCUAUUAUAAAUCUUCAAAAAUGUUGACAAACUAUGUAUCACUGGAAAGCUCUAAGAAUGUAGUUUAUAUAUUUCAAAACGUUUUUGCAUUAAUAAUAAUGCAGUGACAGUAAUUUAUUAAUUUGUGACAGAAGUAUGCAGCAAACCGUUGACACCUAGUGGCCGUUGUUGGUAAAACCACAAAAACUGAAUAAUGCUGCAUUCACGCCAGCAUUACCAAUCAGGAGCUUGCUCUAGUAUGAUUAGUGACGUGAUUACAAGAAGCGAGUCGCAAAAGCCCCUCCCAUGACACGAAUUUCCGCAUGACUGUCUCAAUGACUAGAAUUUCACACGCGGCUUUCAUGCGUGAAUGAAGCGAGUUGACUCAAAAUGUUCAAGCGGCAAACUAGACGCGGUACACACAAAUUUGUUGCCUCAAACGCGGCUGGUGUGAACCCACAGUAACAAUUUUUAUUUAAGAUUUUCACCUGCAGACACUUCUGUGAAGAACCCUAAAGUGUCUUCUGUAAAACAAGAACUAGGCUUCUAGACCAAAAAAGUUAUAUUAAUUUGAAGGUGUACAUCACAUUUUCACCGCCCCACUUAAAAGGGAUUUGCGUCACAAGGGGUUAAUGUAAAAUAAGUUACCCGGUUGUUAACCCAAAUAUAUUAGUUGACCAUAUUUUUACAGUAAAUUGUUUUGAGUCAACUAAUAUUUUUAAGUCAAAUCAACUCAAAAUUGUGAGGAUUUUUUUAAGUUGAACCAACAAAUCCUCUUUUUUUACAGUGUAUUAAUAUACAGUAUGAAUAUGUCUGGGUCACAGCAGCUUGUAAAUCCCACAAGCCAUAUUUAUUGUUAUUGUAUGAAUACAACCCUUCUGCUGAUAUAUGAGAUUUUUGUAAGAUUUUUGCUAUAUUUAAAAAUAAAUACACGAGAGGUAAAGCAUUCUUUAUUUUUUAAUGCUGUUUUUGCAUUCUGCAUAAUGUAAAUAAGAGGUGUUUUUAUUUUUGGAAUUUCUCUGUUUACAUUUUUCUUUAGCGCAUUUCAUUCCAAUUUCUCUGUGAUAUGUAUGUUGGUACUAAAGGCUUUGUUGUAGAAUAUUCUGUGCAAAAUAUUCCUACGUAAGUCAUUUGUCAAGAAUCACGUUUAUUUCUUCAUUUCCUUUAUAUUCAUGUAUUCAUGAAUCGGACAUAUAGGCAGCCAAACUGAUUAAAUAAACUGUUACAUUUCCAUUCUA